UACAGAUCUUAGUCCUUAGUGCUUUGCAUACAAUAUGGUAAGUAUACACACUCAGACACACACACGCCCAGACAGUCAGGGUUUACAGCAUGUGUCAGUGUGUUUUAUGGAGGAGCCAUGUUUAAUUAUUUACUCCAGUCUUUCUCAGGCCACAGUGGUGUCGAUUACCAACACACUGAGCUGCCUCCUCUCCUCAACACCACAUCCAGUUCACUAAGUUAGCUGUCUUCUCUCACAGAGCCUUUGCUACAUUUGCUGGAUGAUUUAAAAUCUGCAGACCCCUCUCCAGGUUUCAUCGACAGUUGCACCACUCUGGAUAUAAACAUGUCGGGGAUAAAUAGUGAUCAGCUGCACCGCUCCACCUUGGGGAUUUACUCGAACUUAAUGGAAGAGUUCAACCCAAGCCUUCAGAGACUGGUUUCACUGGGGAACAGCUACAUGCAAGCUUUCCAGACUCUUGCGGCAACAAGUGAGGCAUACUUCAGUGCACUUUCAAAGAUCGGAGAGAGAGCUCUCCACACCGCGUCCUCACGCUCCAUAGGCGACGUCCUGAUCCGGAUCUCUGAGAACCAAAGAAUGCUCACCACGGAGCUGAAGGGAGUCUUCCACUGGUUCAGCGUGGAGGUUCUUCAGGCGAUGGACAAGAACGUUCAACUGGACAGAGAUUACUUAGCAGGCAGCAGGAGGUACUAUGAGACGGAAGUCCACAACCAGGCGGUAGCUCUGGAUAGACAGCUGAGGAGAGGAGCCAACCAGGAUUGUAGCGAGUACGUACAGUUCCUCAGAAGGAGCCAUGAGGAGGCUUUACAAGAGGAGGAGAGACGACACCGCUUCCUGGCUGAGAAACACUGCGGCCUGCUACAAACCAUUGCCAACCUCAUGGAUAAGACAGUAGGUUCCCUCCAGCAGAGAACCAAUGACUGGACGGACGAAGUCAACGCCACCAGACAGCCAGAGGCCAGACGAAGCUCUUCUGUGUACAGCUCUACGGGGAUGAGGGAGGAUGAGAUGAGAAGGAACAGAGAGGAGCCGAUCCUCGGAAGGAUACCAUCAAGAGCACCGUCACCCCAGGGAAGCAUUUCUAGCUCGGGAGGUGGCGGCAGAGGAGAUGUCAUGAGGGCACGCACGGACCACCAACCUAUUAGCUCCAAUCGCACCCUGCUGCCCUUCUCCAAGGGAGAGACGAUCACUCUGCUGGUCCAACAGCCCAAAAACGGGUGGCUGUAUGGCCGUGCUGACAGUGCUCCGCGUCCUGGAUGGUUUCCAGCCACCUAUGUGGAAGCAAUGGAUGAUCCUCCAAACUAUCGUCUCCGAAGCAGCAGCAGCAACAGCAGCAUGAGUAGCCUGUACGACCAAUCAAGGAACAGCAACUACGGCGGAGCGCCGCCCCCUGCACCUCCACCUCCACCUCAGUUUUCAAAUAGACAAUCUGAGAGGCAACUGGCGAGUCAUGACAGAAGGGCCGAGGCUAGUUCAGAAGACACGAGAUCAAAACCACAUGGAUCACAACCAGAACUUUUCCCGAGGGGUACAAACCCAUUUGCCACAGUUAAGCUGAAGCCGACGCACACCGACGACAGAUCGGCCCCGCGGUUUAAUCGAUGAUGACAUCUUAACAUCUUAAACGGAUGCUUUCAUUGAGCUUGACAGUUCAUUCUUGGUCUUGGAAAUAGCAGCAUUUGUGGUGGGAAGUGAGUAAGUGGAGCUUAAGUUUUGUCAACUAAUGUUUUCAUACCUCUCAGUAUACAAUAUUUGCCAUAGUGUCCUUCUGCAUACAAAGUUGGAAAAGGGUCGCACACGGAUUGUGUAGGUACAGUCAUGGCCAAAAAUAUGGGCACCCUUGGAUUUCUGUCACAUAAUUUUCCCCUGAAGAUCGUUGCAAUCACAAAUGCUUUGGUAUUCUCUUGUUUAUUUCUUUUGUUUCCACUGGAACAAUACACAAAGAUCUAAGAUAAUCCAUGAAGAACUCCUGGACAAAAUUAUUGGUACCCUCAACUAAAUAUUUGGUAGCACACCCUUUAGAAAUCAAUCAUUUUAUUGUGACCAUCAUUGAGUUUCUCAUACAUCUGUACUUGGAUUUUGGACUACUCUUCUUUUGGAGAUUCUUUUUUUAAGAGUUGAUGGGUUCCUCUCCUUGGGUGAUCUAUAGGAUUUAGAUCUGGACUCAUUAGUGGCCACUUUACUGCUGUAAGACCCAUUAUCUCUGACAGAGACCCAGCGUUCAGACACUGGGCCUUACAUUGUGCCCCAGAAUUCUUUGGUAGUCUUCAGAUUUUAUAACGGCAUGCACACAGUCAAGACAUCCAGUGCCUGAAGCAGCAAAGCAACCCCAGAACAUCCGUGAACCUCCACUAUGUUUGAUUGUAGAGACCAUGUUCUGUGUUUGACUUCUAUUCAUGACUGCAUAUUUCUUGUUAAACCAACAUCUAUUCAUUUUGUCGUAGUUUUUUGCAAAAUUGGCUCUGGUUUUGUGAUUUGUAAAACACUAAGAAUGAAUCACUCUGAUGAUGAUCUUAUCGUCUUUCUUUCCUUCUCUGAAAUGUUUGGUUUAUUGGUUCUGGCAUAUGAAUGAAUGGAAAUAAAUGGUCACUGUGUAUAGGCGUAUAGUGUAAAGUUAUGAAUCAGUGCUCAGAACAUAAUUGACCUUUCUAUAUAAGAUCUGUCAUCUGUAGCUCAGGGAUAUAUACACGAUGCCAUCUACUGUAUAAUUUUGUAUUUUAGCUUAGUAUUGUCAUUGUAUUGUACCUCUGGCGUUUUUCUCUACACGAUCUACUGAAUUAACUCCAUUAAUAAAUAUUAAUUGCAUUACUAAUUCAUUUUGGAAAAUGGCUUGUAGAAAAGGAGCACGUAACCUCUGGCAGAUCAUGUACUAUCUUGUAAAAUUAGGAUUAAAAAGUCUGAAUCAGAAAUGUAAUGAAAAAUGCAGUGCAUUCAUAGAUAAUGUAAAACCAUUUUUAUGGCGUCAUGUAUCAUGUAUCAUCAUUACUUUAACCAGUGUGUUUCACUUUAUUAGCAGGUGGCAUUGUUUGCUGCUGGCAUGAUGAUAAUAUUGACCAACAAUGUAAUUAGUUAUUACAUAAUAAAAUGUGACAACUCAUUCAAAAACUGAUCUGCUUCAUCAAUAAUGUGGGUGUGGUUUGAUUGGCAGUUGCCUGGCAACAUAAUGAAACAAACCCACCAAUUGUCACCAGAUUCUGGUCCAGAUACUGCCCAAUUCUGAUGGAGGAUGCACGGAUGUGCCAUCAACUUUCAGGCUGUGAUGCGGAUGGUGGAGCUGAUCACAUGACCAAGUGAUCAGCCAUGUCAAGCAGAUCGAGCUGGCCCAGAAGUCAGACAAAGAAAUGACACUGAGAAUCUGGUCACUUUUCAAAAUAAAACACCCGGUGCAGACUAUUUACUCAUAAACCAAGAAAAUCUGACCAAAUCUGAGUAGGUUAACAAAGCCUGGUGGGCAAAACGCUCCUGAUGGGAGCAUGGAGAACGGACCAAAACAGAGAGUCUGACGUUUGUCUUUCAUCUGAAUGUCCGAGCUACACAGAACUCGAACAGUUCCUGUUCUCCGUCUUUUAAGUGAUAGUCUUUAAAGUUUCAGAUCUAUGUUUAUUUGCUCAGGCAGUAAAAUGGCCUACUAAAGAAGAUCAGGAUUCCUGCGUCGCCCGUUUGGAUCCUCCGCUGGGGAUACUUAACCCAAAUUGAACCUCAGUGUGAAUCCAAUCCUGCUAAUGGCUUGACAGCAUGGUUCUGUCAAACUAGCACGGCACUUCUGAGUAAAGACUCUUUGGCAAG